ACGGCCAUGAAUUCACAAACAAAUUAGAAUCUUAUCUUAUACUCGCAGUGACGAGCAGCCGGUCUUUCGAUUCACUUUAUUCUCAAUAUUCACUGACGAACUUGAGCUUAUUUUUACUCGAAAUUAAGAUAAAAAUGGUGAAUUUUGCUGUAACUCGUGCAGUUUCAGGUCGUUUUACGAACUUGCUGAGGUGCAAUGAACUGCCUAAAUUCUAUUCCAGCGGCGCGACGCCAACGUAUGAAUUCAUCAAGGUCGAAAAAACCGGCGCCAAGAGCAACGUAGCCUUGAUCACCUUGAACAGGCCCAAAGCCCUGAAUGCCCUCUGCGCCAAGCUCAUGCACGAGAUGAACGACGCGAUCAAAGCCCUGGACCAGGACGGCAGCGUCGGCGCAGUGGUGAUAACCGGCAACGAAAAGGCCUUCGCCGCCGGCGCCGAUAUCAAGGAGAUGGCCGGAAAUUCGUACUCGGACAACGUCAAGGGCCACUUUCUCGAGCACUGGAACGGCGUCGCGGCCGCUCGCAAGCCAACCAUAGCUGCCGUCAACGGCUACGCGCUUGGCGGGGGCUGCGAAUUGGCAAUGAUGUGCGACAUUAUCUACGCGGGGGAUAAGGCGAAAUUCGGUCAGCCGGAAAUAGCGAUCGGCACGAUACCCGGAGCCGGUGGCACUCAGAGGCUCACUCGCGCCGUUGGCAAGAGCAAAGCCAUGGAGAUCGUUCUUACCGGCAAUCAGUUCACGGCUCAAGAGGCCGAGCGCAGCGGACUCGUCAGCAAAGUCGUGCCGGCCGAUCAGCUCGUGCAGGAGGCUGUCAAGCUCGCCGAGAAGAUUGCCAGUCACUCGCAGGUUUCCGUCGCCAUGGCUAAGGAUUCCGUUAACAAAGCUUACGAAACUACUCUGCAGCAAGGUUUAGACUACGAGAAGAGGCUCUUUUGGGCUACCUUUGCCACCAGCGAUCAAAAAGAGGGCAUGAAGGCAUUCGUAGAGAAGCGACCACCAAAUUUCAAAAACGAAUGAGCGUUAUGAAUUAAUGACGAAUUAUUCGUACUCUAUUUUUUGACCAAUGUCAACGAUUUUUUUUACAUGAAAAACCAUGAAAUGUUGUUGUGAUGUUUAUUUUUAUAUAAGAAUUUGCUACCUCGUUCCACGAAUUGUAAAUAACAACGAAUAAACUCAAUUUUACUAUA